AAACUAUGCUGUUAACAGCUUUGUGACAGACAAUGGUGAAAUAUAUUGGAAAACAAUAAUAGAACAUGUACACUAUAGCAAGACAGAUCCUAGUUUGGAUUAUGUAAAAAGUGUGAGAUCGUUAGGACCUUUAUGUGAAUCUGUUCACUUGCAUUUACAAUCCCUUACCACGGAGCAAUUUGAAGAGCAGUUUGUGAUGUGGUUCCAGUGGACACGUUGCUCUGAGAUAUUUCUUGAAAUGUUUGAUAUUUUAAAAUGCCCACGUGGUACCGCAAUUGAGCUCAGUUUAAUGAAGCUUACGUCGUGUUUGGAACAAGCCUUGGGUGAUGUGUUCUUACUAAUUGGUAAAGAUUGUCCUUUUCUUCUAAGAGAUCUGCUUGCAUCUUGGGAACUUUCCACAAUAUUCGGGCAAUCUGUGAUGGAUGUCCUGAGAGUGUUCAUCGGGUCUCCAGAUGGUCUAAAUCUUCGCAAUAUUUUGUGGCAUGGAUUUGCAUCCCCUGAAGAAAUUCCUCCAAAAUAUUUUUCUAUGCUGCUUCUUUUAACUGUAGGAUUGGGACAACUGCUAAAGAAUUACCUUCUGCAAACUCAGUCUGAUUUAGUCCAUCGACCUUAUGUAUCUUUCACAAACCUAAAAGAGUUACAUGUUUUUCCUGAUCUUAGUCAUGAACAGCUCUCCUUGGCUGAAGAAUUAGUAGUCAAAUCUAGUAUUGUAUUAAGAACUGUGCUGCCUUUCUGGAUUACUGCACUAACUUCAUUCAGACAACACAGGUAUGCAGAAUGUGUUAUGUUGUUGCUUCCUCAGCUGGAAAGUGGACUUCGAUUACUUUUCACAACAGUUAAUAACUGUCCAAGCAGAUUAAUCACAGCUGAGUCCUCAUCUCUGUACACCACUUUUGAUGAGAUGCUAGCAAAACAAUUGAGCAAUGAAGAGGUCAACAAGCUUCCCUUGGUGCUUGGUGACUCAGCAAUGGAAUUUCUUUGGGAUUUCUUGAACCAUCAAGAAGGUCCACGCAUUAGGGAUCAUCUGAGCCAUGGAGAAAUCAGCUUAAACGAUUUCCCAAAAGAAAUAGCAAAUUCAUUGCUUGCCUUUUCUGUUACACUUCUGGGCAGAUUUUCCAAGGACAAGAUUGCUGACAUUAAGGAAGAUGCAUUCCUAAGACCACUGGCGAGCUGUGCAAAUAACUAUUGUUCCCAGUUUCAUCCAAUAGCUCAACUUAAGAAACAGGUACUGCAGUGUGUGAAAAGCAUUAAUUUAUGGUCUGGUCUUCCCGUAGUGCCAAAUGAACAAGAAAUGACAGGGUCAGAAGAAGACUCUGCAGCUACUCCAUGUAUAGUUAUGAUUGCUGAUGUUUUCUCUCUAGUACAAGUGUACUUGCCUCAGGAUGUCAAACUUCCAGAUGGUUCUGCAAACAGUCUUAUAACAGAAAUGUUAAUGAUGGAACUCUGCAGGAAGCCUGUUCGCAUCCUUUUUUGUCCACGGUCUGUUCUAGAAGUCACUGUGGUGCUCCGUCAGAUCUGUGCUCAGUGCCACCAAGUGUCACGUCAAGUAAUUUCUACUUGUGAAACCAGAUAUAAGCAAUGGAUAAACAAGUCACUGCGAUCACGCCAGAGGCACAAUUAUCUGCGCCUGAGGAGGAGCAUUAAAUGUUUAUCUCCAGUCUUCAAACUGAUUUUAAUCCUGAUUACUCUGGAAUUGAUCAGUAUUUGUACUGUGUGUGACAAGAAUCCUACUGAGUAUCAGCAGUACCUAAAGUUUUUAAAGUCGAUUUUGCAGUUUACUGAGAACUUAGUGACCUACACAAGCCUGGAGAAGAAUAAAUGGGAUGAAACUUUGAAGCUUACACACAAAGCUUUGAUAAAAAUCAGAACUUUCUUAGAGAAACCGCAAAUGCUCAUGCAGUUAGCUAAGUAA